CGGGGGGUGACGUCAUUGCCGGACGCUGCCGCCGCCGCCGCUGCUGCAGACAUGGUGUGGGCCCGCACGGUGCGCAACUUCAGCACCUCGCUCAUCCGCAGGUCCCACUACGAGGAGGGCCCGGGAAAGAAUUUGCCCUUCUCUGUGGAGAACAAAUGGAGAUUGUUGGCAACGAUGUCAGUGUUUUUUGGCUCUGGCUUUGCAGCUCCAUUCCUGCUUGUAUGGCACCAAUUCCUCAAGAAAUGAAACAUUAUUCAGUAGACAACUCCCAUCAACUAGUAUGAUGCCUACUGCUCAGCUUCUCUGUUGAGAGCCUUUACAUGGAAAUAUUGUUGUAAAUAAAAUUACUGUCAAAUUA